AUCAGAUUGUACAGUUCCAUUCGUGUCCAUCUUUUAGACGCAACCUCGGCUUUAAAGUGAACUUCCGGCUAGUGGGAAGUGACUCAUAAAAAACUCAUUUUUUGAGAUUUUUCUCUUUUUCUGAAAAUUGGUUGAAUAUUGAUUCAAUUGAAGGAAAGAGUCUGACAAAUUUCGUUUCAAAAUGUCUAAAAAUACCGGUGCUAGUAGGUUUAGGAAAGUAAACGUUGAUCAAUACGAUGAAGAUUGUUACCAAGACGAUGAUAAUGAUGAUGGUGAACAAGGACCUAGUGAAAGUGAAGUCCAAGAUUUACUACAAAAAAAUAAAUCCAGCGAUGCUUUAAAGGUGGUGUUAAAUAACGCUCCUCUAGCCACCAAAAACCAACAAGUUAAGGAUCGAGCAUUAAAUCUAACAUUAAGAGUGUUAACAUCGUUUAAAACACCAGACAUUGAUAAUGCUGUUAAAUCACUAGAUAGUAAAAAUAUAGAUAUUCUGAUGAAAUAUAUUUAUCGUGGUAUGGAACGAGCACAAGAUAGCAAUACUUCUGCUUUACUUACAUGGCAUGAAAAGACAUUUGCUGUCGGAGGUUUAGGAAGUAUCAUGAGAGUUUUAACAGACAGAAAAAAAGUUUAAAUUAUUCCUGAUAAUCUAUAAACAUUAUAUAAAUAUUAUACAUUCAACUUAUCAACACAGACCAACAGAUAUUUACAAGCAUUUUAAUACGAAUGUGAAAAAUAAUUAACUUUCCUUGCAUCUCAAACAUUUUCAAAGGUAUUUGUUAAAAAAAGACUGAAGAACAAUUUGGCCAGG